CGCCCAUUAUGCACUGACGCAGGUUGGCGUUCUAACAAGAGCCAGAGCGUCAGAAACUUGAGCGGCUUUGAAACUACAGCAAAGAAGAUGGUGCUUAAAGCCGUGUGUGUGCUGAAAGGAGCCGGGGAGACCACCGGAGUCGUUCAUUUUGAGCAGGAGAGUGAGUCAGCACCUGUGAAGCUCACAGGAGAAAUCAAAGGACUUACUCCCGGUGAGCACGGCUUCCAUGUCCAUGCAUUUGGAGACAAUACAAAUGGGUGCAUCAGUGCAGGCCCUCACUUCAAUCCCCACGGUAAGAAUCAUGGCGGUCCUACUGAUGAAGAGAGGCAUGUUGGAGACCUGGGCAACGUGACUGCAGGAGCAGAUAAUGUUGCCAAGAUAGACAUCACGGACAAGAUGCUCACUCUCACUGGGCCGUUGUCCAUAAUUGGCAGAACCAUGGUGAUCCACGAGAAGACAGACGACCUGGGAAAAGGAGGCAACGAGGAGAGUCUAAAGACGGGCAACGCUGGUGGACGUCUGGCCUGUGGAGUCAUUGGCAUCACCCAAUAAAUAUGACAUGGAGCACUGAAAAUAUCUUUUCCCCGGAGCACUUAAGACCAACCUAGCUACUUGAUUUGUCAGUUUGUCCUUUUCACUACUCUGGCAUUUUACUGACUAGUCGAGAGUAGAUGAGCCAUGUCUAACCUUCUCCGUUCCUCAUGACAAUUGUAUGUAUGGGUUUAUGUCUGCUGUUUAGUUUUGGUCCCAAAGAAUUGGUAACGCACAAAUAGAAUAAACGGAUGUAUACAAUUUGAAAAGCUAACCAAUAAAUUGUACAUUCAACUGAU